UUUCUCGCCGUCUAAUAUUUUCCUUUAUUGUUUUAUUUAUCACUCGUGUCUCUCGAGUCGCUUUCUCUACGGCUGGACUAGGAUUAGGGAUUUUCCAGUGAAAGGAGAAACUCUAGAGCUAAAUCUACAAUCAUGGAUAUGAUGAAGAAGCGAAAGCUCGAUGAGAACGGUGGAGGACUCAUUACCAACGGUGGCGGAAUCAUUGGUCCUACUCGAUUGACGCCACAAGACGCGAGGAAGAUUAUCGAGCGAUUCACCACUGAUCAGCUGCUCGACUUAUUGCAAGAGGCUAUCGUACGCCAUCCCGACGUGCUUGACUCUGUCCGUUCAACCGCCGACUCUGAUAUCUCUCAGCGGAAGCUAUUCAUCCGUGGUCUCGCGGCGGAUACUACCACGGAAGGUCUUCUUUCGCUUUUUUCCAAUUACGGAGAUCUCGAAGAAGCUAUUGUGAUCCUUGACAAGGUCACUGGGAAAUCCAAAGGUUAUGGUUUCGUCACUUUUAUGCACGUUGAUGGAGCUCUACUAGCUUUGAAAGAACCAUCUAAGAAAAUUGAUGGGCGUGUCACAGUAACGCAGCUCGCGGCUUCUGGAAAUCAAGGUACGGGCUCCCAGAUUGCAGAUAUAUCAAUGAGGAAGAUCUAUGUGGCGAAUGUUCCGUUUGAUAUGCCGGCGGAUAGGCUAUUGAAUCACUUUAUGGCUUAUGGAGAUGUUGAGGAAGGUCCUUUGGGUUUUGAUAAGGUUACGGGUAAAUCUAGAGGCUUUGCAUUGUUUGUCUACAAGACAGCUGAAGGUGCGCAGACUGCUCUUGCUGAUCCGGUGAAAGUGAUUGAUGGAAAACAUUUGAAUUGUAAGUUGGCUGUUGAUGGUAAGAAAGGAGGAGGGAAGCCUGGAAUGCCGCAAGCUCAGGAUGGUGGUUCUGGUCAUGGACACGUUCAUGGUGAUGUAAUGGGAAUGGUGCGUCCUGCAGGACCUUAUGGUGCAGCUGGUGGCAUGAGUGCUUAUGGUGGGUACUCGGGAGGACCACCACCGCAUCACAUGAAUUCCACACCCUCUUCAAUGGGUGUUGGUACUGGUGGAUAUGGAAGUGCUGGGUAUGGUGGACACUAUGGUGGAUAUGGAGGUCCAGGUGGUACUGGCGGCUACGGUGGACUUGGCAGUGGGUAUGGUGGGCCUGGUGGUGGAAGUGGGCCGUAUAGAAUGCCACCAAGUUCGAUGCCUGGUGGUGGUUAUCCCGAGAGUGGGCACUAUGGUCUUUCAUCAUCUACUGGAUAUCCUGGACAGCAUCAUCAAGCUGUUGGAACCUCCCCUGUGCCAAGAGUUCCGCAUGGAGGAAUGUACCCAAACGGUCCACCAAACUACUGAAAAGGUUUGUGACAGCAUAUUGGGCGAAGAUGCUUUUUUGUGCUUAGUGGUGAUUGCCUGAUUGCAGCUCUUUAAUCUCUGGAAUGAUGAAUGUAUAGCUGCUUUGACCUCUCUGCACUUGACCUGAAUGUGCUUUGGUUGCUAUAAUGAAUGAUUAGAAUAGGAUAUAUUUAUGUACUUUUAAUCAUAGAGAUACUCGGCAGAUGAGUUUUGUUGGUCAGAUUAGUGAGUCUUCAAUAAUAUGUUGUAUUUUCUCCUACGUUGUUUUCUGGUUAAUUGUCCAGCCAUUCAAUUGGUGACUUGCUGAAUUGGUGGUUAUAUUUCUGAAACCUUGAUACAAUUAUUUGACUUGUUUGUGACUUUUAAACUGGCUCUAGAGGCUUUUUGCUUUGUGAUUAUUGACUAAUGAUGCCUAGGUAAAGUGGUGCAUAUGUUGUGUGACCAGUCACAGCAUUGUAUUUGUUUUGCAAAGUAAAUGACUGGUCUAUUCAUGUCAAAACCAUAAGUUGAAUGGCGCUUGAUUUGCAUAAAAAUGUGAAAUAUGACGGUGGUGUUGAAGUCGUGCUGUUAUUUCAUGCUAAAUUGCGACCCAGUGUGUUUAUGCUGGUUUGUAUUGUAUGACAGAAACUGUGUUCUUGCCGUGAAUCAAAGCUUAGUGUGGCUAUUCCAAGUGUAGUGAGGAUAUCUCGAGUUGUUGACUUGCUUAAUGUCUGACAUUAAUUUUUUUGUGAAAAUCUCAUGGCUUGUGAUGUCGAGGUGUGGCUUUUCUGAUCACAAGAUGCUGAGUGUUUUUUUUUUGGGGGAUUUGAAAAAUGAUUGUGUGCAUAGUCUCGGGUAGGUCCUUUAUUUGUCACUUGGAAGACAGAUUUUGAUGCCCUAAUAGCUUAUUGCUUCUUUCUUGGUCACACACAUACGAAAAUUUGGGUUUCAGGUGUAAAAAAAGUGUCAUUGUUAGAGCUCUCUGUAGCUUCUAUAGACUCUUUUCUUACCAAUGACUCUACUUGUUUUCUUUUUGCCUUACAUUAUUGUCCUUUUGCUGAGCGAAUCGCCCGUCAAUGCUCCUAACUGAAAACGGAGCGGACUGAAGAAAUCCAAACAACAGCUGGAGGCGAUGUAAGUUGAGGUAUCGAAAAGGAAUGGAACUGCGACGAAAGCAUGUAAAUAAGUAUUGUUGUUCUCUUUGGCAUUUUCACACUCUAUUCUGUAACUUACAAAAAAAAUCAAUCAUAAUCACGUUUUAAUA